AUAAUGUUAACAACUAUAACAAUGAUGGCUACAAUUGUCGGCAACAAAACAAUUAAACUAAUAUUAAUUGUUUUCUAUAUAGUAUUGUUGGUCCACUUGAAUAUGGUUUGCUGUGCUAUUGAUAAUAAUAAUAAUAAUAAUAACUUUAAUAACGACAACAACAACAACAACAACAACAAUCCAAACAACAUUAUGAUUCCUAAUCCGGCGGUUAUUAUCCAAAAUCCUAAUCGGGUUCCGAAUAAUCCCAAUACCGAUGAUUCGAUGAUCGAUUUGCCGCCAGAAUAUUCUAUGGUCUCAGCCAUAGACGGUCCCAACAAUAAUAAUAAUAUCAAUACUAAUACUAAUAGUAAUAAUAAUAAUAAUAACGACAUAAUAUCCGCCGACAAUACAAUCAUUGUCCGUCUAAUGCGCGAAGAUUUUUGCCGCAAAAAGUUGGCCAAACUGGUCAACGAAAUGUGUAGGCCAUACUUCAAGACAGAAAGAAGAUUAUAUUGCGAUAACUAUUUGUUUCCCUUUAAGUCAAUGACAAAAGCCGAGAGACGACUGUGCCGUCGGAAAGCCGGUGAAUCAUUGAGACGUCGGACAAUCAGCCAAAUGGUUAGGUCAUGUUGUCAGGAGUCGUGUUCGGUGUCAACGUUGACCAAGUAUUGUCAAUUGCCGGCCACUGCAGCGGCUAUCGGUGCCGGCAUCGGCGAUAUACAAUCAUCACCACCGAGACUCAUGAUGAUGAUGGCUAUGGCCAACAACAACAACAACAACGGUGGCGGUGGUGGUAAUGGUGGUAAUGUUGGACGUCCUUAUCCUCCAGUCGCUAACUACAAUAACGGCUGGACGACCACCAAAAAUGGUGUAAUGAUACCCCCGGCUAAUGGCGUGUUCAGCGAGGAAAAGGAUGCCAUGUAUGGCCUAAAAUUGCCUUUAUUUAAACCGCCGCAAAAUUUUUAACUAAUUUUAUUUAAAUUUUGUUGUCAAUAAUUAUUUUUAAAUUUUAAAUAACUGGUAUUAUUAUUAUUAUUAUUAUUAU